UCAUCGAUAUAAUUCGAGAAGAGUUUUUAUGUUUUCAAGAUAAGAAAAUCACCAGUGCUGUGUAAUAAUACUAUGUCGAAACAAGUGAAGGACGAAGCCACUACUUAGGAUGACAUGAAGGAAGCGUAGUCUACCCGAGGAGUUUCUUGAAACCGAACAUCAUUCCAUCCCGCCAUCUCCCGGCACGCGCGCAGUUUCCACCACUUGGUCAGAAAAGUGCACCUGUCUGUUUCCCUCGCUUCGAUUUACUAAACCGCUUUGAAGAAAAAAAAUAGGAAGUAGGAAAAGUGUCCAUUUGCCAACAUAACAAGACCAGACCCUUCAGGCUUACGCCGUUCACUUACCAUCCAUCAAGGAGUGUAAAGCGCUUGUACUUCAGUCUUGUUCCGGACCAACUUUUCCUCAGUCACGGACCAUGAUCCAGCUGUGUCAUGCAUAUUUCUAAGCUGCCGCGAUAAAUACUUCUUGUUCAACAUUGACCGAGACGGCGAGGCAGACCAGUACCAACAAGUGAGAUCGUGCGGGGUGGAAAAACUCCAUUCGGUGAUCGAACACAAACGGCCCAGCCUGCCCCAACGGACUCCGGUUAGGCGUGAGCGGACAGCGGACAGUUCCUGAACCGUGCAGCAUUUAGAAACGGUUGUCACGUCGUUCGGCUGCCAACCGAAGCCUCGAACUCCUACAACCGACCAUAGUUGGGACCAAAUCGUAUCGACCGCAGAAACCGUAGGCAAAACACAAAACACAGUGAACACAUAAUCAGACAAGCGCCGGGGAAAAAAUUAUAGCAAGUGAUGGUAAUCAUAACAUAGGACGGCCGGCCAACGAACGACGCCGAAGUGCGCGAGCAACCCCAGAAGAAAAACGAGUGAAAUUACAAAUAAAAAUAUGAAAAAGAAAGUGAAUUGAAUUUUAAUUCCCCCGCCCGAGAAGAAGAAAAACCACGUGAAGGGGUGCACCAAGCCCAGCCAGGGUGAAAAAAGAAGAAAACCAAACCAGAAGCAAAACGAAUUAAGAAGAAAAAAAGAAGCUAACUAAAGAGUGCGCGGAAAGAGUUUAAAAUUAUUUAAUAAAGUGUGGAAAUACGUAUCAACCUCGAAAACAUGCUUUUCCCAUGCCUCUAGUGUAUGAUAAUGAUAAAGAGUGAGGCCAGUGCCAGUGAGAGAGCGAACCAAGGUAACGAUUAAUUCCUGGGUGCAAAAUAAGAAGAAAAAAAGCCGUGGGUGAAUGAUCUAAAGUGCUCGGAGUUGUUUGCACGCUUUCAUGUGUCACUAUUACUAUCAACGCGGGCAGCACGCAUCUAGUUAAGUCUCGUUAUGUUGCGGUAGUUCCCUCUCGUGGGUUUCCUUUCAGUUUGCAGAUUUAUAGUCCCUUAAACUGUUUUCUAAGAAGGUUUUAAAAUCCUAAAGAUUUCGUUUCACUUCCUUCUUUGUCUCUUUCCCCUCAGCUCUUGAAGUUUAUUGAUGAAGUGGCUAGGAAGCAAUUGUGAAACGUCGGUUCCUUGUUUCUGCAAAUUCGUCUACGUCAUCCAGCCGCACCUUAGCGCUCUUGGGGACUCGAAGUCCGCAAUUUUCCAACCAUCCCUUAUGAAGUAAAAUGUUAGGUCCCACCAAAUGGAGACUCCUAACGAUAGUCGCCGGAAUAUUACUCGCCCAUGCCAUUGAAUCACCAAACAGCAAGAGCAACAAACUCAAGGGUCAGGUGCGAACCUUCACCAAUCCUGAUCUUGGUCUACGGAUAGAACAGAUCGAACCUUGGGGUAGUCGAACGAUAACCUCGCGUAACCUACUUGUGCCUCAUGAAACAUUCUCCAACGUAGACAAUGUUCGAUACAUUGACAGUCGAACUGCAAAUAGCCGUCAGCUGCGAAACACUUUUGGAGCAUUUAGAUUUGCUGGACCAUUACAAGCGCAGCCAUACCAGGUGCCUUUACAGCAACCAUUAGUUUCCCAACAGCGGAGAGCCAAAGCUUUCCAAAACCGUCGUUCAGACGAUGGCUCCCAACAGCCAGGCGUGCGGUUAGUACAACCCGAUCCGUCUCAACCCCAAUCAAACGCUGAUCCUCUACCCGAGGCACUUGGACUUUACCAAGAUGCAGAUCCUUACAUAAUCGGUCUUCAAAAUGUAUCAAAAUCCCGUUCUAUGCGCUACAAACUGAUUCCGAUUGGGUACUUUUAUCAAGAACCAAAAUCACCCCCUGUGCUAACCCCCGUUCAAAAUGCGAAACCCCCCACGGCUACCUACAAUGAUGAACCUCACAAUGUCGUCUUCCCUUCCGACAACCCCGAAAAUGAACCUGCCAUCACCCAUGAAACCAACAGUUCUCAAUCUGAUCUUAACACAUUGGGAGCCCGUAGAUCCGGAAUACAAUUUCCUCCCGGUCCGUACAAAGUAGCCAACCCAUUCACUCCCCAGGGUUACAGCGAAGACAACUUUGCAUUCGCUGAAAACCUAGGCGUCUAUCAUCAGCCGGUGCACACUGCCGAGGACUACGAUGAUUCCGAUCCGUACGACACCCGGCAGCAGCGGUCUCCAACGGCUGCCCCGACCCAAGAAUCCGAUCAGAGUGAAAUUUCCCGCAAUAUGUAUGCCACUCGGUACUUUCGUGACUUCCCGCGCCCAUCACCCACCCCCCUCGACCUGAGACCGGCUGAAUCCGUUGUUCGGGCAAGCCGGCUGGUCGAGUUUCCCGGAGUGGUCAACGUCAAGCAACCAUUUCGCGAUGACGUGACCAAGUUUGGCGACGUGAACGGUCCCAUAACGGCGGUUCAGCGUCCCUACAUCGACUACGGGGACGGGAAACGCUACCGAGCGUACGAUCCGAACUACUUCGUCAGCAGCCCCUACCAACCGAACAUGCCCUACUUCCCAUCGAAGCUGUACACCGAGCCGAGCCAGAAGAUCUAUCAGCCGCCGUGGAAGUCGUCGCGCUCACCGAGGGUUGUGUUCCCGCAGGGCGAUCUUUCCGGUCCGUCCGGGUUCGGCGUGGAUAAUGUUGUUUUCAGGGAUCAAAACUUCGGCUUGAACGAACUGGCAGCAAUCCAGGAUGUGCGGAACGAGUUCAGCCAGGAUGACAUCACCGACGAGCCAUCGAAUGGCAAAGAUCGAGUUGAUCUCGCAAUCUAUAGACCAUAUGUAAUCCCACCUACCAUCCAUAAUCCCUACCCCGUACCGAAAGCGCACUCAGUAAGCAAACUGCCAAACUACCGUGUCAUCUAUCCUCCUAAAAGAGCAUCUAGAUCUAAAGCUAGCUCCUAUGCAAGUCCUACUACUACUACUACUACUACUCAUAAUGCAGUUGGUGGUGAAGGUGGUAGCAGCGGAGGCGUCGGCAGCGUGGGCAACAACGGCGGCGUUGGCAGCGGUGGUGGUGGCGGCGGCGGCAACGUCAUCAACGGCGGAGGAGGACCUGGAGGAUACCGCGGCGGAGUCCGAUCGGAGAUGCAGUGCCAACACGAGGGCGGAACCUGCGAGUUCUUCCUGCUCUGCUGGAUGUCCGGCGGUUUGCUGCAGGGCUCGUGCGGCGGGCUGCUAAAAGGAUGCUGCCAUCGCACAGCCAAAUCGGCCAACAUCGGACUCGACACCGGCAACACGAUCGACCUGACAAAUCUUCCAAAUUACGAUUACGGUCCGAUACAGAACGAUCCCAGCUGCGGUAUCUCGCUAGCGAAGCAAACGGCCCAGCGGCGAAUCGUGGGCGGCGACGACGCCGGUUUCGGUUCGUUCCCCUGGCAAGCCUAUAUUCGAAUAGGCUCAUCGAGAUCUAUGCUUUCCAGAUGCGGGGGUUCGCUGAUAUCGCGGCGCCACGUGGUCACCGCCGGACACUGUGUUGCCCGGGCGACACCGCGUCAGGUGCACGUGACCCUCGGGGACUACGUGAUCAACUCGGCCGUCGAACCGCUACCGGCCUAUACGUUCGGGGUGCGCUCAAUCAACGUCCAUCCGUACUUCAAGUUCACCCCGCAGGCAGAUCGCUUCGACGUGGCGGUGCUCACGCUGGAACGAACCGUGCACUUUAUGCCACACAUCGCACCCAUCUGUCUACCGGAGAAGAACGAAGAUUUUCUAGGCAAGUUCGGCUGGGCGGCCGGCUGGGGUGCUCUCAAUCCCGGUUCGAGGCUGAGACCAAAGACGCUUCAGGCGGUUGACGUUCCUGUGUUGGAUAACAGAAUUUGCGAGCGGUGGCAUCGGUCGAACGGAAUCAAUGUGGUCAUCUAUCCGGAGAUGCUGUGCGCCGGCUAUCGGGGAGGUGGUAAGGAUUCCUGCCAGGGUGACUCCGGUGGGCCGCUGAUGCACGAGAAGACCGGACGAUGGUAUCUGAUAGGUAUCGUGUCAGCGGGAUAUUCCUGUGCCACUCGAGGUCAACCCGGUAUCUAUCAUCGCGUCGCCAAUACCGUGGACUGGAUUUCGCACAUCGUGCAGUUGACGCAGCAAUAGCUAAGGAACGCCUAGUGGACAAAACUUGAAAGCAGACACAAAAGAGAAGAUGACCAGAAAGGGAAGGAAGCACCAAGAGUCACACGAAGAGGAAAAAUGCACCCCAUUCACUGCAGAACACAUUUCAGCGCGACGAGAAGCAGCCCAGUUGGUUGAGCUGUUGAUCCUUGCUCUUCACUUUCCGGUGUUAGUUCUAUUUAUGAAGCUUGAAAAGAUUUGAGAGAAACUUUAACAAAAACGAAACAUAUUUAUGUAUUUAUUAAUUUCCCGGUGAAAAACAAAGUGAAGGCUUUAGUGCACUGAAAUGAAAGCUACACGUAUUUAUGCUGAAAUCCUUCUCCGGCCUUCGGAUCUGCCCUGCUGUAACGCGAGUUCUAAUGCUUCUGUAACGAUAGAUAUACUUUAUAAGCGAGAAACGAAACCUGAUUGUGAUAUAUGUACUGAUGUUGAGAGGAUCCAGGGUGACAUAGCCAAUAAAGUAAAAAACAAAUAGUGAAACUGAACAAAGCACCCACCAAGCGAGGAAUCUGAGUAUGAGUAAAGAUGAAACAAACACUAAUAACAUGUUUCUGUGAAACUGUUCAAUUAGUCUGAAGCCCUGUACGUAAUUCAACAGAAUACAGCCAACAAAACUAAACGUAGACGAACUCUAUCACUUACUUACACAUAAUUUCCUGAGAGUAUUAGCCGUGCAGGCCUUGCCUUCGGCCAGAAGAGCGAGGAGCCCACGAGUCAAACUGUGCCGAAAAUGAUCAAAUUUAUUCUUUAUGUAAAUAUGAAGCUAUCUGUACCCUACCUGUCUAAUUAUUUCUGACCAUCUUCCCGGAAGGCUUCUAUCAAGCCAACUUUAUGUAUGUAGGUAUACCUGUUUAGUUGAUUUUAAAUAAAAUGCGGUAAAAACAGUAGUAAAUAGAUUGCGACAGCCACGUGACUGAAACUUACAAAAAAAAUCAACGCAAAAAAAAUCGUAUGGCUAUCAACUAGCGUAGAGACAGGGAACGCCCUAAGAUUGUUACCAGCAUGAAUAUAGGUAUUUUGUAAUAAAGAUGAAAACAAACGAAAACAACGAAA